AUGUUCUCCCUAUUAUUUGUGGUAGUUUUCGGAUAUACAAAACAUCAGAUCCAAAGGAAUCAACUAAGAUACAAAAUAUAUCAUGAAUGUCUCAGAAAAAGGGAAGACAGUUUCAGGAAGAAAAAGGAUUCCCCAGCUGCCGAAAACGUCGUUGAGACGGCCGGAACGGAUAUUAUUCUGAAUUGUCUGUCUUGGUGAGUUACGGUAACAUAUUUGUAUAAAAUAUGAUUGAUGAAGGAGGGUCAUUACGCCUGGCCUAGGUUGAUCCGCGGAUCGCUUAAAAAAUUUGAAUGUUUUAAUUUUCGCGGUGGGGCAUCUGACAAAAUUCCAUUAUGAGCAGAUUUCUGAAAUCCUUGCAAACAUCCUGAACACCCCUCAUUGGGCCUGCGUGUUUUUUGUCCCUAAUUUAAGACGUUUUUGGCAGAGUUUGAACAAAUUUUUGAAAUGUUUUCGCUUCGGGACUUGGGAAAAAUAUUUUUGGAGAAUUUGUACAAAAUUUUGAAAUUUUUUCGCUUUGGGACUACCCCUAAAUCAAUUAUUUAUCAAAAAAAUUCUAAAAAUAACAUUUGUGCCUUAUGUAAAAUAAAAUUGUAGCAUUCAGAACGAUUCUCCGCAAAAAUUCCUUUUCCCCAGUCCCGAAGCGAAAACAUUUCAAAAUUUUGUUCAAAUUCUCCAAAAAUCCUUUUCCCAAUCCCGAAGCGAAAAUAUUAAAUGGUAUCGGUGACCCGAAAUGUCGUUGACCCGACCUGUCGCGACCGAGUUGUCCCUGACCCGAAAUGUCGUUCAUGACCUAGGGCGUGAGCUAUUUCACGAUUAAUGUUCAAAAUCCUCUGAAAAUAAUGCUAUUAGUUAAUCCAGGCAGUUUUGGCACUUCAUUUAGGUAAGGCCCCAACCACACUGACGGUCACAACCUAUGAAAUCUGCCCCAAAUGAAAAGUUGCGGCACUUUUUUGUAACAGAGCUCUUUCCAGUCUAACUCCACAAGAGGAAGACGCAGUAGAGGAUCUUUGGAAGCCAAACGAAAAUGUUCUUGGUAGAAAACUAGGAGAUCUGUGGAAUAAGUUCAAAGUCUUUCUGUCCGGAAACAACGAUACUGCGGCUGAAGUUACUUAUGGUUGGGAUUACAUGCCAUUCCAACAAAGAGCGGAUUGGAAACCAGCCAUUGAUCUGACAGAGCCCAAAACUCUAACCAGAAAGGCGAUCAAAGCCUUGGAAGGGUAUGUUUAUUUAAAAUUGACAUAAGUUGGUUUAGAUUGUUCAAGACGAAGACAAAGCUAAAAAUUGGAAGUCACUUUGAAUUGUUGAUUUCUGAUUUGAAUCAGACAGACACUGGAUGGUACCGUUGUUCAAAGAGGACUCCGCAAGAAUAUAUUACAUCCCUCUACUUUGUUCAAGUUGUCAGACCUCCAAAUGUUAUAAUUGUAAGUGAAAUGCGACUUUUUUGCAGGUUUAGUUGUGGCUUACUGUAGGCCGAAAAAUUGGCUUACUGUACUUUUACCGCAAAUCUUACUGUAAGCGUACUGUACUUUUACCACAAAACUAGACAUUUUGCCGCACUAUGGAAAAUUUUUGAGAAAUCUGGGUUACUGUAACUUUGGAUCCAAAGAAUCAAUUUUUUCUUGCCUUAGGCAAAACUUUAGAAAAACGGUGUCAACAGGUAACUUGCUCAGAAUAACGAUACCAAUCCAUCCGUACCACCCCCGACUCUCUGGCAUGACUAGUUUUUUUUGACAAAUUUUGCGGUAAAAGUACAGUACGCCUACAGUAAACCCAAUCUCAAAAAAAUAGAAGUGCCAAAAAAUUUUGUUUUGUUAGUGCACUAACUGGGUUGAAUUGCAGCCCUGUAGGACAAACUUGGUAAAAAUGUGCCACCCCUGUUUUACGGUGGCUCGACUUUCUGGACAGGGUGAAAUUGGACAGAUUUUUUCGCUGCAAUCGUACGAAAUGUCACUAUUGAAUCAUCGAAUAAUUACUUUUUGCAGUGAAAAAAAUCUGUCGAGUUUCACUCUGUCCAAUUUUCGCGCUCUGUCCAAAUUAUUUCUGUCCAAUUUCCACGAAGCCGAUUUAGACUAAUCUUUUGCCAGCCCCUACCCAUGCCGGGAUGAGCGAAAAAAUGAAAAGGGGUCAGGGGGGACCUAGGUAAAUUUGCCCCUGUUCCCAGCAACGCCCCUGGCGUGUUCAUAAGCUUCAAGUGUAAUAUAAUUUUAUGUUGUCUCACUUUUUACGGCAAACCCUUUUUCUCGGUAGUGGCAGUUUUCUUUAGAGCAUGGUUUUAAUCCAAUUGAUUGUUGCAGAAACACAUUAACUCUUCCGCGAAAUCUGAGCCGUCUCUUAAGGAUCGAGAAAUUCGAAUUCCCACCUACAAACAGUUCCAUGACUAUAAUCUUGUCGCUUAUAAAAAGCAUACAGAUUGGUCACCGUGUAAUCUUUGUGGACCUACGAUUGGAGAAAGUCUGAGAAGGGUGCAAUGUUACGUGAAACCGCUUGAUAAGGUAUAAAUAUAAAUCUGUAAACAUAAACUCUUAAUUGCCAUAUCUUUCAGUUUCCAACCUCGAGUCCUUUUGCUGCAAUUUUCGAGCUAUUCGGCUCUCUUCCAUGUAAUUCGGCCCUAUUGCCACUGAGAAUUCGACGUCAAUUAAAAAAAUAUCCAGAGGUUCAGGAAUUCAAAUUUUGUAAGGUAAGGAAGAAAAAUUUAUAAUGUAACGGUUACCCUUCAUUUGGGGUAGAUCUGGUAAAAAAUAGAGUUUUUAUGGCCAUUUUGCAAAACCGUUUGACUAGCUAGUUGAUGCUAGUCAAACUUGGCAGCCAAUUUUUUGCCGUUUGACUAGCCAAUGAGUUGGAUUGGCUAGUCGCAGUAUCAGGACGCUACGGCUUUUCAGGUCAGCGACAGUUCGGGUCAGGGAUACCGUUUCUAUAGGUAAUCGAGGAUGCUAGUUUCUAAAAUCAUAUUUUAUUAGGGUUGUUAAGCUGCCGGAUUUUUUUUCAAUCUGACGUCAACUUGACGUCAAAUUAGCGUAAUUUUCCUCAUUUUGGCUAACAGGGGAAGUACCCCAAGUGCGACGCUCAGAUUUUGAUGAAACUUGGCACAAAUUUAGAAUAAUUUUUUCUAAGAUAUAUGCGAGAAUCUUAGCUCGCGCUUUGCAGAAACAACCGAGAUUUUUAGAUCGAAAGUCGGCGAAAAUUUAAGACUUUUGCCGAAUUUCGGCACUAAAAGUUUCAUGCCUAUUUCAACCGUAAAGGAUAAUGUUUCUACAAAAGAUCAAAUUUUUCCGCACGAAACUGCCAAAGUUAUGGCCAAAAAGCGCUUUUCUCUCUGACCGCUCUCCACGUUUAGCUUGCUCUCUCGGCGGCAAAAGUCGUUCGGUAUCUCGGCGGCGCGCGCAAAGCGCGAGCUUAAACUUUCAGGAAUUGAUAUUUAGUCCAUUCCCGACAUGUGCGCAAAAUUUUAAGAAAAAAUAUGAGCGUCGCACUUGGAGUACUUCCCCUGUAAAUUGAAAAUUCUCAUAUAGGAAGCUUUCACACGUGAGUUGAAUACUGUUAAUAUUAGUCGUAGCUGGUUUUACAACAUUGGCCAUGAGAAUUCGAUAAAGUUUGCCCCAAAUCAAAUGUUGCACAGUCAAUGUGUAUAUUUUUUUGUCAAGAAAAAGGUUGAUUUUUUAGACAGAUCAAUUUAAUAUGUAUAAUGUCAGGGGCCGUAUGAAUUUAUCGUUACAUUGUUUUCAGAGGAAAUGUAUUAGUCCAGAAAACGAGACCAGAGUUGUGGAGAAGGUUGAUAAGACUGGCCGGAAAGUGGUGCACGAUAUUAUUCCUCCAAAGGAGUACUCUUUCUUCGAACGAUUGCCAUUACUCAAACCAUCAGUCAGUAGAAAAGUUGUGAAUAUUAUAGAAGGAACAGACUUUCUGGUGUUUGAUUGUGGCCAAAGUGGAGUCUAUUGGCAUCGAGGAUAUAAGCCUAUCACGCAGGAUAAGUAUCUGCAAGCAGGAGAAAAAAGAUUUUAUCUAACUUCUGAUGGGGAAUUGGUAAUUCGAGACGUUGAGCUGGGUGAUCAGGAUUUGUACAGGUAAGUCAAUACUUGUUGCUUCUAUAUUUUACAUGUCUUGUUGCAGUUGCUUCGAUUCUGAAGAGCGUCUGCUCCGUUCUUUCAAACUGAUUGUAAAACCUGGAGAUCGAACUACGGAGGUUGUCUCUUACAGCAGGAUGUUGAUCCGUUACUCUUCUACACUCCUUCUUCUUAUUUUGGUGAUGGGUCUUGUGGCCAUCCAACAUUAA